AUGUACAAUAUUUUCAACUACAUUUAUAAAGAUAGUAAAGAAGAAAAGAAAAAUGACAAAGAUAAGGAUAUGGAUAUAAAAGUAAAAAAGCAGGAUCAUGAUGAUAGUGAUGAUGUAUUAAAAAGAGAUAACAUAAGUAGUAAUAAAAAGAAAGAUGUUGAAAGGAACACAUAUUAUGAUAAUAGUUAUAAUGAAGAGGAAGAAAAUAAGAAAAAAAAAAAAAAAAGGGAUUCUAAAAAAUAUAGUGUAGAUGAUUCUUAUAAUAAAACAAAAAAUAAAAUAUAUAAUGAUCAUAAAACGGAUGAAUAUCCUUCUUACGCAUAUAAAAAAAAAUCAUCCUAUCAUCAUGUUCACCGUGAAAAAUAUCCAGACGAAAAAAGAAAGAAAUAUUAUGAACAUAUUGGUAAAAAAAAUAAAAGAAGAAGUUAUGAUUAUUCUUCUAAUUACGAUGAAAGUGAUUUUAGUAGUACAUCUAGUUAUUAUAAUGAAAGAAACAAAAAAUAUUAUAAAUAUGAAGAUAAAAAGAAAAAAGAAAAAGAAAAAGAAAAAGAAAAAGAAAGGAAAAGAAAAAAAAGAUAUCAUCAUACAGAUGACGAUCAAGAUCAUCUUGAAAGUUAUUCAAGUAGUAGAUCUUCUAGUAGGAGUUCAAUAAAUAUAAAAGAAAAACAAAAACAUAAAAAAUUAUAUUCACAUGAAAAGGAAAGGAAAAGAAAAAAAAGAUAUAGUAAUAGUGCAAAUUAUAGUAGUUAUGAUGAGGAGACGAAAGAACGUGAUAAGAAGAAAAAAUCAUAUCAUCAUGAUUUUGUAUUAGAUGAUAAAAAAAAAAAUUAUCAUAAUUAUGAAUCAGAUGAAGAGACGAACAAGGAUGAAAGUAACAACAACAACAACAAUAAUAAUAAUAAUAAUAAUAAUAAUAACAAGGAUUCGUCAAGUGAAAACCUCAACAAAACCCAUGAACAACGUGAAAAAUCAAUUAAUAUUAAUAAGAUAUCAAAAGAAAACCAAGAAAUAUGUGAAGAAAAUAAAAAGGAAAUUCAAAAAGUAAAAGAAAACAUGUCUAAUGUAAAAGUAAUUACUGAAAAUAAUAAUUUAAGCAGGUUAGAAAGGCUAAAAUUAUUUGCUCGGAAAAUAAAAAAAACAAACGACACAACAAACGAAAAACAUACGAAAUUUACAUUAAAUACUAAAGUAAAUAAAAUAAAAAAUUUAAAUAUCUUUAUUAAUGAUCAAGAUGAUGAAAGUGAUAAUUCGAAAGAAAAAGAAUUUGACAUAAAAAAUGAGAACAAGAUAAAUGUACAAAAUGUAGAUGAUAAUAAUCAUAAAGAUGAUACAAAAAAAAAAAUAUAUGAAAAUCAUAAAAUAAAGGAAGAUAGUAAUAAUACAAAUGAUAUACAUGUUGUUGAAAUUAAUAAUAAAAAUGAAGAUGCUCUAGAUCUAUUUAUGAAAGAAAUAGAGCAAGCAUGUGAAGAAGAGAAGAAAAAUGUUAAGAAAAGUAUAACGUUGGAUGAAAUAUACACAUAUGAUAUGAAUAAACAGAAAUAUGAACCUUUUAUUAACCCAAAAAAUAAUGAAGAAAUAAAAGAAUAUAAUGCAAAGGUAAAGGGUAAUAAUAUUCAACAGGGAAAUAUCCAUGAGAAGCAGGAUAGUAAUGUGAAUACACAAGAAGAUUUAAAAAAAGAAAAUAAGAAUAUUACGAAAAAUACUACAAAUAAUAAUUAUAGUGAUAAUAAUAAUAAUAAUGAUGAUGAUGAUGAUGAUGAUGAUGAUGAUGAUGUGUUUCACAAAUUAUUUGUGGAAGAGCUUAAAAAAAAAACAGAAGAAGAUAUGAAAAGAAAUGAAAAAGAUAACAUGAAUGAAUCCAAUUUAACCGAUUCCAAGAAUAAAAAACAGAAUAAAGGAUCAGAUGCAUCUUUCAGUAGUUCAGAUGAUACAGAUGAUAAAUUAAGUAGUAAUAAAAGUGAAUUAAAUUAUGAAGAAAAUGGUAUGAAAAAAAUGAAUAAGAAAUUAUUAGAAGUAAAUCAUGAUGAAAUAGAUUAUAUACCUAUUAAAAAAAAUAUUUAUGUUCAAGUUAAAGAAAUUACAAAUAUGAAAGAUAGUGAUGUUGAUAUGUUCAGAAAAAAUAAUGGAAAUAUUAUUGUUCGAGGAAAAAAUUGUCCAAGACCUGUACAAUAUUUUUAUCAAUGUGGAUUACCAUCUAAAAUAUUACAAAUAUUAGAAAAAAAAAAUUUUAAAAAAAUGUAUAAUAUACAAAUGCAAACUAUACCUGCGUUAAUGUGUGGACGUGAUGUUAUAGCUAUAGCUGAAACAGGAAGCGGCAAAACAUUAUCUUAUUUAUUUCCUGUAAUUAGACAUGUGUUACAUCAAGAACCUUUAAGAAAUAAUGAUGGUCCAAUAUCAAUUAUUUUAACUCCGACAAGAGAAUUAAGUAUUCAAGUAAAAAAUGAAGCAAAAAUUUAUUGUAAAGCAGUAAAUAUAGAAAUAUUAGCUGUUUAUGGAGGAUCUAAUAUAGCUAGACAACUUAAGGUAUUAAAGAAAGGUGUAGAAAUAUUAGUAGGAACACCUGGCCGUAUAAUUGAUAUAUUAACUAUAAGUAAUUGUAAGGUUACAAAUUUAAAUCGUGUUUCAUUUGUUGUGUUAGAUGAAGCAGAUAGAUUAUUAGAUUUAGGUUUCGAAUCACAAAUUUAUAAUAUAUUAAGAAAUUGUAGGAAAGAUAAACAAACAGCUAUGAUAUCAGCAACUUUUCCAAAUUAUAUACAGAAUAUGGCAAAGAAAUUAUUAUAUAAACCCAUAGAAAUAAUUGUAGGAGAAAAAGGGAAAACGAAUAAUAAUAUAUAUCAAUUUGUUGAAAUAAUUGAAGAAUCAAAAAAAGUUUUUCGUUUAUUAAAACUUUUAGGUGAAUGGAUAAAAUAUGGUUUAGUUUUAAUAUUUGUAAAUAAACAAAUAGAAGCGGAUCUAUUAUAUUUAGAGUUAUAUAAGUAUGAUUAUAAUUUAUUAGUUUUACAUGGAGGACAAGAUCAAACAGAUCGUCAAUUUACUUUAGAAAAAUUUAAGAAAGAAGAAAAUAAAGUUUUAAUAGCGACAUCUGUUAUGGCUAGAGGUAUUGAUAUAAAAAAUAUUAUUUUAGUAAUUAAUUAUCAAUGUCCUGAUCAUAUUGAAGAUUAUAUACAUCGAAUAGGGAGAACCGGAAGAUCUAAUAAUAUUGGAUAUGCUUAUACAUUUAUAUUACCAAAUGAAUAUACAAAAGCUUAUGAUAUAUAUAAUUUAUUAAAAAAUAAUAUAUAUUACUUAAAUAAAACUAUAGAUAUACCACAAGAUUUAGAAAAUAUGAUUAUUGAAUAUACUAAAAUUAAUAGUAUUAAUGAGAAACAAAAAGGAAAAAAUAAAAAUCUGGGAUAUAAAGGUAAAGGCUAUAAAUUUACUCCUGAUGAAAAAUCAAGACAUCAAAUAGAUAUAGCCUUGGCAAAAAAAGAAUUAGGAUUAACACAAGAAAAUGAUGAGAAUGAAAAACUACAAGUAGAUGAUGAAUUAGGCGAUAAUAUAGAACAUAACAAUAAUACUAAUGUUUGUAAUCUAAAAAAUGCUGACCAAAAUAAAAAUUAUGAUAAAUUUGAGGAUGUUAAAGAAUCAAAUAUAUAUCCAUAUACUAUUCAUAAUAGUAAUAAUAAUAUGUUUGAAGAUAAGAAUUCUGGAAUUUCUAAAAAUAUGAGUAAAAAAAAUAAUACAAAUGAAAAGAAGAAUACUAAUCAAUAUACAGACAUUACAAAAGUAGAACAAGAAAUACAAAGAAUUAAAAUGAAUGAUACAAUGGAAUUAUCCUUAAAGGCAAAAAAAAUAAAUGAGUUAAUGAAAACCUAUAAUUUUUUAAGCCUUCAAGAAAAUCAUGAUAAAUUUUUAAAAAAUGCACAAUAUGAAGAAUUUGAUAAAAUAGCUGAAAAAGAAGCCUUAAAAGUUACAGAACAUAUAAAAGAUGAAAAAGAAAAGAAAUUGAUUUUUAAUAAAACUAAAGAAGAUAUUAAAAAGAAAUUAAUACAAAAUAAAAUUCAAUCAGAUACUAUGAAUGAAAGUAUACAAAGAAAUAUGUUAUUAAGUGCAUUAAGAACAAAAAAUAUGAAAAAAUAUUCACCUUAUUUACCACAUACAUAUAUAACAGAAGAUAAUAAUAUAUUAGAAGAAUUCUAUAUUAAUAAUUAUCCUCAACAUGUACGUUUAAAAAUCUCACAUAAAGAUGUAUUAGCAAAAAUAGCGGAUAUGUCAGGUGCCACAUGUCAAAUUAAAGGACAAUAUUCUAACCCUUCACAACCAAAUAAACAAAAUUUCUUAUUAGAUACAAAACAAUUACAUAUAGAAAUUUUAGCACCCACAUAUAAUCAAAUUCAAAUAGCAAGAAAUGAACUGAACUCACUCCUAAAUAAUUUUAUGAUUAGUUGUAACAUUAAAGCGAAAAGAGCUUCAACCGGAUGGGCACCACCUUAA